UACCCAUGACCGUCUGGCAUUUGCCGUUGAAUGCAGAGCUCUCCUUCCUUCCAAAUUAAACCGCCACCUCGGAUCCAAAUUUGGCAAGACAAGUUACGCUUCUCUUCCUAUAAAACAACUCAACCUCUUGUCUCUCUAAAUCCUCUUCCCAGGCUAGCUCUGCCUCUCAAUCCCCUCAAAAUAAGCCCUGGGACCUUCCAUUCAUGUCUCGCUAAGGUCUCUCCUUAAUCAAAACAGAGCAACCUUUACAAGCGAAAGCAACAAUGUCGACGACGAAGUCUGGGGUAGCACUCGCUGUUUUGUUCCUCAUCUUCAUAUCCGCUCGGUCUGAGGACCCUUACCUCUACUUCACAUGGACGGUGAGCUACGGCAUCAUCUCCCCCUUCGGUGUCCCCCAAAAAGUAAUCAUGAUCAAUAAUCAAUUCCCGGGACCCGUUAUCAACUGUACCAGCAACAACAAUAUCGUCGUAAACGUGUUCAACCAACUGGACGAGCCUUUCCUCCUUUCUUGGAACGGCAUCCAGCAGCGCAAGAACUCUUGGCAGGACGGCAUGCCGGGCACCAACUGCCCAAUCCCACCCGGCCAAAACUUUACCUACCAUUGGCAACCAAAGGACCAGAUCGGCAGCUUCUAUUACUACCCCAGCAUUGGCAUGCAGAAGGCUGCUGGUGGGUAUGGGCCAAUUCGCGUCCAUAGUCGCCUUCUCAUCCCCGUUCCAUUUGACCCGCCUGCGGAUGAGUUUGACGUGCUAAUGUCCGACUGGUACGGCAUCAGCCAUAAGGACCUUGCUCGCAUGCUCGACUCUGGCCGACGCCUCACCCGCGCUCGCGGUGUGCUUGUCAACGUUCGCGUGGCUGGUAACGUCUCCCGCUUCCGCGUGUGCAAUGUCGGGCUCAAGGCAUCGCUCAACUUCAGAAUUCAGGGGCAUACACUGAAGUUGGUGGAAGUAGACGGCAGCCACACUGUGCAGAACGUCUACAAUUCGUUGGAUGUCCAUGCCGGGCAAUGCUACUCCGUGCUCGUCGCAGCAGACCAAUCUCCACGCGACUACUACCUUGUGGCCUCCACUCGGUUUCAAAAAACGGUUCAGACCACUACCGCCAUCAUCCGCUAUAGCGGAAGCAACAUCCCGGCAAACCCUGACCUCCGUUCCGCACCAACGACUUGGGCUUGGUCUCUUAACCAAUGGCGCUCAUUCCGUUGGAAUCUCACUGCCAGCGCUGCCAGACCCAACCCACAGGGCUCAUACCACUACGGUCAGAUCAACAUCACUCGAACAAUUAAGCUCGCCAGCUCAACUUCUGCAGUCGACGAAAAGCUUCGCUUUGCACUCAACGGUGUGUCUCACACUGACCCCACUGUACCUCUUAAGCUUGCCGAGUAUUUUGGGAUCAAUGGCACUGUUUUCAAGUACAACCAAAUUUCGGACGAGCCCCCAAUUCCCGGCACGCUUGUCACUAUAGCCCCUAACGUGAUCACGACAGUGUUCAGGACGUUUAUUGAGAUCAUACUUGAGAACCCUGAGAGGAGCAUUCAGUCAUACCAUCUCAAUGGUUAUUCUUUCUUCCCAGUUGGAAUGGGACCUGGCAAGUGGUGCCCAGAGAAUAGAAACACGUACAAUUUGCUUGAUGCUGUGAGCAGGCACACCAUCCAGGUGUAUCCCAGUUCAUGGACGGCAAUCAUGUUGACAUUUGAUAAUGCUGGUAUGUGGAACUUGAGGUCUGAGAUUUGGGACCGCCGCUAUCUUGGGCAACAGCUUUAUAUUAGCGUUCUCUCACCGGAGCGAUCUCUCAGGGAUGAGUACAACAUGCCUUUGAAUGCUCUCCGUUGUGGAGCGAUUAUUGAUCUUCCCCUUCCACCACCCUACACCUAAACUUUUAAAAGUGUCAAUCUUCGUAUUGAGAAACCAUCGCCAUAAAUAAAUGGUGGGUAUAAACAGUGCAAAGUAUUUCACAACGCACUAUAGAAAAUAUUUUUUUAAAUUUAUGAAAAUUGAAAA